UGUUUGUUUCGUGCCCUAUAACUGUUAGAGGACAGAAAGAUUUUCCCUACCGACCCACAUCAUAUAGAAGAAUGAAGUCGAUCAUCAUUGCAUUCUCACUGGUAGCCAUUGCUUACGUGUUGUCAGAGAGAUGCGAUCAUCUUGAUGAUUGUGCCAGUACCCAAUGUGCCACUAACGCUUCUCACAUUGAAUGUGAACAUCAUCAAUGCACCUGCAUAGCUAACCCAAUGUCAUGUAGUGACAGACAGGAUUGUACUAUGUUGGGUAGAUGCCCAGAAAGACAUGAAGAAUUCCAUUGUCUUGACGGAGUGUGUAGAUGUCUUCGAGUAUAAAUGAAACCUCACAGAGUUUUAACUUUCGGGA